UCGUAAGACCAGGGGAGAGUAAGGUGCUUAGGCAAUGCUUAAGUUAAUCUCAUGCCUUCCCAGAAAGCAGAGCAGCACACUAACUAGCUAUUCCUGAAAGAGGAAGGAAAAGAUGCAGUUCAAGAUGGAAAGCGUCCUGCUGUCUCUUCUUUUCUGGCACAAAGCGGUGCUGGCACUGUCCCCUGGCGAGGAGGAGAGACUGGAGCUGUGGCACAACAAGGCUUGCAAAUGCGAUUGCCAAGGCGGGCCUAACUCGGUCUGGUCCAGUGGGACUAACACCUUACAGUGCAUGCCAGAGUGCCCCUACCACAAGCCCCUGGGCUUUGAGUCUGGCGCUGUCACCCCUGACCAGAUAAGCUGCUCCAACCCCGAGCAGUACACGGGCUGGUACUCCUCCUGGACCGCCAACAAGGCCCGCCUCAAUGGGCAAGGCUUCGGGUGCGCGUGGCUCUCCAAGUACCAGGACAACGGGCAGUGGCUGCAGAUCGACCUCAAGGAGGUGAAGGUGAUCUCAGGGAUCCUGACGCAAGGGCGCUGCGACGCCGACGAGUGGAUGACCAAGUACAGCGUGCAGUACCGCACCGAUGAAAACCUCAACUGGGUUUUCUACAAGGACCAGACCGGCAACAACCGGGUUUUCUACGGCAACUCGGACCGGUCAUCCUCUGUCCAGAACCUGCUGCGGCCCCCCAUUGUGGCCCGCUACAUCCGCCUCAUCCCACUGGGCUGGCACGUGCGCAUCGCCAUCCGCAUGGAGCUGCUUGAGUGCCUGGGCAAGUGCGCCUGAGCGGGCUCGGCACGGCGUGGGGCCAGCCCCCGCGCCUGCCCUGUCACCCGUGCCCGCGGCAGGGGAGCCGAGCUGCGUGAAGCGGGGGGGGGGGCCGGCGCAUGCGAACUGGCCUCGCGGGGCACCAGCUGCAGUCCGCCGCGCCGCCUCCACGCAGCCAGGCAUUUGCCAAGCCGUCUUGGGGGCCUGGAAGACGUGUGAAGCAUCGCUGUUGGUUUCCCUCGAGCUCCCGGUCCUUCCUCUCCCGUGUCAGCAGCGCUGAUGCGAUGGAAAUCCGGCAAAGGCUUUGUUAGAUUUUGACAGCUCUAUUGUUUCCCGCAGCUUUAUCAGCUCCCUGGUAAUAAUCUAGUUUAACGGCUGAUCUCACCCUCCGAAGAAUAGCAAGGAGCUACAUUAUACUCAGUGUUUUCUUUCGCAAGUUGAAGUUUAGUCAGUAGCGAUGUAGGGGAUUCCUUAAAAAUGGUAUUUGGUGAAAUAUGUGACUUGGAUGUCUAGGUGUGUGCCUGUACAAACCCCCCAUCCUGUUAUUGAUGUGUAUUGUGGCUAUGAUGCUGUAAUGUAAAUGCCCACCCUGCAAACUGAAGGCUUUCUUGAAUAAAACAUUGCUUUAUACCA